AGACCAGACUGACAGUGAGAAAUCGAAUACACGUCAGAUUAAGAUUCCACGUAACAGUGAGAAACAAAACAAAAUCCAGCGUUUCUGGAGGGUUUGGGUUUCCCACCAAAGGGUUUUGGGGUUCCAUCUUCUCAGGCGACGUUCACCGGAGGAGAGAAUUGCAGGCAACAACCUGUAGCUUUUUACGAUUUGCCUAAUCUUCCAGAUGUUCUCUGUCAUGGCAGGUGUUUACCUGGAACGCCUGCAACAAGGGGUUCGAGGUUAGAAUCCAAACUUCAAAACACUGUGAAGAUUUGACGCCGCUUGAUCUGCCGUCCGAGGGGAGAAGAAGAACAUGAUUAUGGAACUGAAAAUAUUUUUAGGAAGGGGAGGCUUAGAUGGACUCUUCUUAUCACAUGGCCUCUUCUAAUUGUUCUGAAAGGAGUGGUUCCACCUUCCUUAGGAAAAGGUGUCUCGUUUUGCAGGGUCGGAAGAUAGUAAGUGAAUGAUUGUCAUGGAAUAACAGUCUGUUCAAUUAGGAGUUAGGUGGAAUUCAAUCAAGAUGAGCCAACCUUCAGUGAUCCUUGCAACAGCUGGGUAUGAUCACACAAUUCGGUUUUGGGAGGCAAAGAGUGGACGGUGCUAUCGGACUCUCCAAUACCCAGAUUCUCAAGUUAAUCGUCUCGAAAUAACCCCAAAUAAGCAAUAUCUGGCUGCUGCUGGAAACCCUCACAUUCGAUUAUUUGAAGUCAAUUCAAACAGCCCUCAACCGGUGAUGAGCUAUGACUCACAUACUAAUAAUGUUAUGGCAGUGGGGUUCCAAUGUGAUGGAAAAUGGAUGUAUUCUGGUUCUGAAGAUGGGACUGUAAAGAUUUGGGAUUUGAGGGCUCCUGGUUGUCAAAGGGAAUAUGAAAGUCGUGCAGCUGUUAACACUGUUGUCCUACAUCCAAAUCAGACGGAGCUAAUAUCUGGGGACCAAAAUGGAAAUAUACGUGUUUGGGAUUUGACAGCGAAUUCAUGCAGCUGUGAGUUGGUACCAGAGGUUGAUACCGCUGUAAGGUCUUUAACAGUAAUGUGGGAUGGGAGUUUGGUUGUUGCUGCAAAUAACCAUGGAACAUGCUAUGUGUGGCGCUUGUUGCGUGGGAAUCAGACCAUGACCAACUUCGAGCCACUUCAUAAACUACAAGCACACAAUGGAUACAUUCUUAAGUGUCUGCUAUCACCAGAGUUCUGUGAACCACACAGAUAUCUAGCUACUGCAUCAUCAGACCAUACUGUCAAGAUAUGGAAUGUUGAUGGUUUCACUUUAGAGAAAACUUUAAUAGGACAUCAGCGCUGGGUAUGGGACUGUGUCUUUUCUGUUGAUGGUGCCUAUUUAAUCACAGCUUCUUCUGAUUCAACAGCUAAACUUUGGGCAAUGGCAAAUGGAGAAGCCAUAAGGACAUAUCAAGGGCAUCAUAAAGCUACUGUUUGUUGUGCCCUUCAUGAUGGAUAUACGAGUUUCUUUAGUGGAUCUGGUGCAUCCUAAUCAUUCCAUGACAUCCAUGCAUUUCCUGAUCUCACCUUACAUGGGAGUGGACUGACAACAAUUUUUGCAAUGUCAAGCUAGAAUGGUUUUGCUUCUUUUUUAUAUUUCAGGGCAGAUUCGGGUUGAGAACUUGAGAUAACAUAAAAAAUGGUGGGGUCGGAGUAAUAUUUACCCAUACUGAACUCCGGUCCAUUAUGAUCUCUAAUUUAUCCCAUCAUAGGAUGGGAAGUCAGAUAUCUAAACCUGCUGCUCGUGGAUCAGGUGGUCUUGCUCAAUACAUUUUCUGAGCUAGCCAUUCGAUGUCUAGAGCAAAUAUUGACACAAACCAGAGUUCUCUACCAUAAGAGUAUCGAAAGAAAACAAGAAUAAUAUCAAUAUGGUUGGAUUA